GGACCCGCCAAGCGCGUUUCUUUCUCACUAUGACAAUGUUCAGUAGAACUCUUACAGGCUCCCUUUUACGCCAAACAUUUCGCACCCAACGGAGAUAUAUACAUCCCACACAUAUACGUCGUAACGUACCAACGUCUUUGAACAAUAUCCUAGCUGGGGGAGAAGCACCGGCCGUUCUAAUCAGGACUGUAACGCCUGAAGGCGUUGAACUCGCGGACGGACUUGUCAUUCCCUCAGCCUGCAUAUUUCUGGAAGGACAGACGUUCUUGUGGGAUGUACCGGAGAAAUUGUGGGAUAAAUGGACUCCCGAACAUUUUGAGAUUUUUGAUGUAGUAGUCCCUAAACCAGAGCUGCUGCUAUUUGGUACUGGGCAGAGAGUUUAUCUUCCGCCUUCUCCUAUACGACAGUAUCUUUCCAAGAUCGGUAUUCAAAUUGACGUUAUGGACACUCGGAAUGCAUGUUCUACCUACAACCUGUUAACAGAGGAGGGUCGUCGCGUAGCAGCCGCUCUUCUGCCAAUCACUCCUCAGAGUUGGGGCAGAUCACCAGUGGUGCCCGACCCUGAGUGACAGCUAUGGUUCCUCGAAUGUCUCGAGAUUCGGGACAGUGGGCGAUAUUUACAACUGCAAGGUUCCCAUAGCUGCAUGGUUCUGCGUAGUGAUAAUCGAGCCAGUACAGCAUCGGUUCAGUAGUGGGGUACGAACACGCCUAUGCAUCCGACUCAGCCAUGAGCUCGUCGGGAUGGGCUUUGCGUUUGCCCUUGUUGCGUGCGGCUUGUUCUUCCUCUUCGUCUUCUUCGGUCAGGGAAGGAAACGACACUUUGAUAGGUUGCAGGUUGCCUGACGAGUUGAAUCAUGGAGUAGGACAACAAUUUGGUGAGAAUACUGUCAUGGACGGCGAUAGAACAUAGUGGUGCAGAAUAGAUGUACUGUGCGAGGAUUCGCGUUCCAAAUUUGAUCCAACUCACCUUGCUGAUCCCU